AUGAGCACGAUGGGGAGCGAGGGGGUGGCUGAGGUAGACCUCCUCACGGAGCAGAUGUACUCCGCCUCCGACCCGGUUGCCCGUGGACACGCGCAGGCCUCGCUGGAGGUGCUCACCAAGGAGGAAACUGACAGCCGCCUCCAAUACGCCAUUCUUCAGCAGUCCAACAGCCAGUACACCCUUGUGUUCAUGGCCCAGAGUUUGGUGGUGUGGUUCAACGCCACACGCCAGUGGAUGACGCUGGAGCAAAAGCGGGAGCUGAUUGUGGUGCAUUGUGGUAGUUGUCUUAAACGCGUGGUUGCUACCGGGGCACCCAAGCACGUGGUGUCAAGUUUGCUCACAGCCUACGCCAGACUUACGAAGCUGACUUUUGAGAAGGAACCGUUCCUGGAGGCUGCAGUGGAUUUCCCUCUGGAGAUGUUGAUACAGGGGCAGGAAGGUUCCCCAGAGACUGUACUGAGCUUGAUGCUUCUCAGCGCUAUGGUGCAGGAGUUUUCGCGGUACGAUUCUAGUAAGUCAAAUACGUAUCUUUCUUUUCCGGCUCAUCGUCACUGUAGUUCCAACUUUAAGGAGGCGGCUCUGCUUAAAAUUUACCUGGCGGCGCUGAAGCAACUGGAAGGGCUAACACCCAACUCUCCACACAUUGCGGAGGUUUUGAAAUUGUUGGAGAGCUGCCUUCAAUUUGAUUUUCGUUCCAUCAUGAUGGAUGAGACAGAUGAAUUCCCGUUUUCGCAGUUCCCUUCAUCGUGGAAGGACACACUGCUGAACAAGCAUUACCUCGCCACCUUGUGGGGGCAGCACGCAAGGCUGCCCUACCCACACUGCGCCACCCUACUCUCAGGUCUCGCUAAUGUGUGCGGCUUGCAUCGCACGCUCUUUGACUCAACGGACGAGCGGGGGGAGUUCUUGGAGUACACCCUCGCCAUGUUAACCGAGGCGACGAUGAUACAGGACGGUCGUAUGAAGAUUCCACAGUACGUUGAAUCGCUCAUCAAUGCAUGUCUACGAACCUUGAACGCGCUUGGCUACCGCGAGUUGCGUUUGCUCAGCGCUUUUGAACCGUGGCUCAAUGCUCUUCUUAUGCUGUCGGUGGAGGUGUUAUCCAUUCCGUUUGGCCAGGAGGGAAGCUUUACCACGUCCAGUAACAUCUUGUCUUUCUGGGCUUCCCUGAGCACAUCCAAGCGGCGUUCCUACAUGGAGCAAGCUCCCCGCGACAUUGAGGACAACAUCACUCAGGUGCUGCUGAGUUUUCUUAGGGCGCGGGUACGCGGCCCAGAGGAGGGCGCGGUGGAUCCCACCUCAGUGUGCAGCGGCGACACCGAUGAACUGACCAACGUAGUUCUUUCACAGGCCACCUCCUACUCAACUAUUUGCUUACUGGACCCUGUUAGGUGCAUGAGUGACCUUGCUACGUAUAUCAGUGAAGGCGUUGGCCCCUUGCUGCUCUCAUCGCCGCUGUCAACGGGGUGGCUUUUUUACCUUGCUGGAAGUAUUGUACGGCUUGUGUUCUCCAACGUGGAGGAUGCUGGAGUGACGCCGUGUUCGCAUGUCUUUGCCUUUGCUGUGUGGUGCGCCAUGGAGCGGCGGCGUCGCGAGGCAGAUUCCGCGUUGUUUGGACGCUUUGUGGAGUGUGGGGUGCUACACUUCCUGACACAUGUGCAGGUGAUCUUUUCCGGGGCCCGCCACGGCACCCUUGCGAUGAUCGUAGCAAACGUCUUUGAGACUCCCAAGCGACUGUUUCAAUUUAUUCUAGAUAACGCGGGUCACAACUUGCUGCGUGGGGCUGACGAUGCUGGGGUGGUGGAGAUCAUCCGGACAUCCGCAGCUGUUAUUUCAGACGCCUGCCGCGAUGCCCCAUUGUCGCUCCUGCUGGAGUUAACGUUUGACCUUCCUCCCCUUGCUGAACUUCCCCUGGCGCAGUCAGAGCGCACGUAUAAGCUGCGCACCGACCUGAUGAAAACAUUAUGGUUUGCCCGUCGAUUUGAAUCAAUCAAUUGCGCGCAGUUGGGUUCCUACCUCUCUGGUAUUGAAGCAAACAUGCAACGAACACUAAGUGGCGAGGCAACAAACCCAAGUUUCAUUGCAGGAUGGUUGCGUGAUUUGCGGGGUGCAUGUCAGGCAUUAAAUGAGGAAGGAAUUCUUUUUAAUGACUUUGUGGAAUGGAUCUGUCUUCAUCAUCAGGACCUCAUGACAGUCCUGAAUGAGGCAGGUGACUCCACCGUCGUCGUGAAUGCGCUUAUACGCUUUUUAUGUGAAGUUGUGUCCGCCAGCAAACAUGGGCGGUUUCAUGUAAAAUCAGACAGUAACAGUGUGACAGGUCUGAUGUUGUUCGUGGUACUUUGUGAAGUGAUAGAAAAGCUAGAAGAGACUGCCUUCGCAGACUAUCGCAUAGCCGCCCUUGGUGGAUCCUCCUCAGACUACGAAAAGACGCUGAAGCCGUGGAUGAUUUCGAUGGAUAUCAUGAGGAAAUGCGUUCAGGGUUUCUUUGUGCCCUUUGGGGCCAUGAUUUACUACAAUGACAAACGCUAUGAAAGCAACGCCUUUCUCUUGGUGCGGAAACUAACCAUGGUGGAACCGAGUGUGUUCAAGGAACGUCCAAAGUUCACCUUAGUCGCGCUUGACCUGCUUCAGUCGAUGACAGAUGGAAAUUUGUACUUUCCCCUCACCCACCUGGAAAGCGACGGGCUGCUGAAGCUUGUGGACGUUGUCAUAAACAUUUGCGAGGACCUGGAUACCUCGCCGGACACCCUUUCGUACGGGCUAGGGUUUCUCGUCUUCAUUGCGAGCCUAGUGCGGGAGGUGAAGGUGAUUUUGGCUACCCCCAACCUGCAGUCCUCGGAGGUCAGCGUGGCGCCACCGCCGGCUUCGCUGCCGCACACCUUUUCCCAAAGCCUCCCGUCGCCCUCUCCGGCGUCUCGCGGGGCCCACGGGUCGCCCACGCUGCGAUUCACGCUGAAGGUGAAAGAGGAGCUUGCCCGGAUGCUCGCGCCACAUCAGGAUUUGUGGCAUCGUCUCAUUUCCGUUGCGAUGGGCAUCAUCGUUUUUCGCGACCGCGCCACGAACAUGGGCAGCAGGGUGGUGUAUCCCAUUUUUGAGGCUCAUCCCCCGUUCUGGUAUAAUUUUGUGGAGCAGUUUGUGGCGUCGUACCCGGAGCGGAAGCAGCUGGGCGUCCGUGAGGCGUUGUCCAUUCUUACCAACGCCGUGGAGUCACAGGAAAAGUUCUUUUCUGAGGUCUUCACAUUUCGUCAGGCUAUGCGACGCCUCAACUCGUGA